UGUUACCUUUCAUAACUGCAAGAAACUAGAGAUGGAGUCAUCGAUGAAAUCCCUCUCCUCAUUUCACGAUCGGUAUUUGAAGUCAUUUCAACUCUUUUUAGAACGCUCCACUGAACAUCAGUGCAUGAAAAAGUUCUUUGACAAUGAUCUACCAGAUAUCAUAAACAGUAUCGGGAAAAGAGGAGUCUCCUGUCUAAAUGUGCUGGGGAUAGGAAGUGGUUCAGGGGAAAUGGACUUGGCAAUUCUUGAGCAAAUUCAUUCCAAGCAUCCAGGUGUUUCAAUUCACAACGAAGUGGUGGAACCUAAUGCUGGACUCAUCUCCAAGUACAAAGAGCUCAUAAAAGAGAAGGGUCAAGGACUGAAUGCCUCUUUCACUUGGAACCAGAUGUAUACAACUGACUAUGAAAAGCAAAACAAGGAGAGAAAAGAAAGCAAGAAGUUUGAUUUCAUUCAUAUGAUUGAGUUGCUGUACUUUGUGGAAAAUGCGCAUGAUACCAUUAAGUAUUUUCACAGUCUUCUGGAAAGGAAUGGCAAACUUCUAAUAAUACAGACUGCAGAUGAUAGCGGAUGGAGUUCACUUUGGACGAAAUUUGGAUCUCGUUUUCCUACAAGCAUUUCUCUUGAUGUGCAAAACAUGCUUGCUGAAAUGAAAAUGAAGUAUCAGGUUUAUGAGCAUUCCUCUGACUUUGACAUCACAGAGUGUUUCAUUGAAGGAAAUGAAAAUGGGGACUGUCUGUUGGAUUUCCUCACAGAUUCAGCAGAUUUCAGGAAAACCGCCCCUGAGGAUCUCAAAUCUGAAGUUCUUCAACACCUACAUCAACCUUCAUGUUCAAGAGAGGAAAACAAGAAAAUUCUGUUUAGCAAUAAUUUGAAAUUCAUAGUAAUUGACUAUUGAUCGUAUAUCUUUCAGCACGUCGUUUCCAGUUAACUUCACUCAGAAUUUCUUUAAUCUACAUUUUCUUGCUGCCGUAUUAGUUAUGCUAAGUAAUUAUUCUUGCAUUAAUGUUUUAAAUUCAUACAAUAUGUUUCUUUAAAAUUAUUAGAACAAUUUUUCAGCAAAUGAGAAACAAAAAUUCCUGCAUUAUUGAAAAGAGCUUUUAAAAUAUUAUCUGAACACUGAGUUAUUUUGAUACAUCUUAAAGUUCAUGACUGCAAUUUCUUCUGGUCUCUAUAAAUGAAUCUCCUGGCAGAAAUCUCCUUUUGAUUGAUGUAAACACUUGUAUGUUACAGGGUUGCCUGUUGCACCAGAAAAAAAUCUGUAGCUUUCAUUUAACUUAGAAAUCUAGAGAUAGAAAAUGGAAACAGGAGUAGGCCAUUUAUCCCCUCAUGCUCACUCUAUCAUGCAACAUGAUCAUGAUUGAUCCUUCAUCUCAAUGCCACAAUCCUGCUGACUUCCUAUACCUGGGGACCCUGCCAACAACUGGAUACUUUUCUCUUUCCUUCUUAAACAUGUUCAAUGACUUGUACUCCACAGGCUUCUUUGGUAAAAAAUUCCACAGAUUCACCUCUCAGAGGAAAAAUCUUGCCUUACCUCUGCCCAAAAUGGCUUCUCCGAAAGUCAUGAUCGUUUUUCUGUACAGAGCACCUCGACUAUUAUCAAUACCAUGCCCGGCAAGAGGCCUCAAUAUCUUGCAUCCAGCCUGUUAAGACCUCUUAGAAAUGUAUGCGCUUUAAUGAGUCUUCAUUGAAAUUGAGAUUAUUUCUGUGGGCUUUCUGCUUGUUACUAAAUACAUUUAAAUUUAAAGGCUUAUCUGCUUAGUGUUAAAAAUCACGCAAUACCAGGUUAUAGUCCAACAGGUUUAAUUGGAAGCACUAGUUUUCGG